CUUUCAUCCACAUGAUGGCGCUGGAAACCGCGUUUUUAUUUUAUUUUUAAACAAAGGAAUACAGUACAGUGAGUUUACAUUCCUUAGAAAAAGGCCACUCCAUUUUUUCCUCAGCGGCUGAAGAUGAAAAGGCGAGCAAGUAAAAAUUAAAGCAAAUUGGGAAUUAAGUUUCCCAAAGCUGUUGUGUGGUAGUGCAAAGACGUUUGAAAAUUGCACCAAAUUUGCGAUGGUAUAUUCCCAAAGAAGUACGGGAGCCCGGCGUCUGCUGCUCUCAUUUCUGCUUAUCGCAGCCUGGGAGGCCGGGAGCGGCCAGGUCCACUACUCCAUCCAGGAGGAGGCCAAGCACGGCACCUUCGUGGGUCGCAUCGCGCAGGACCUGGGGCUGGAGCUGGCGGAGCUGGUGCCGCGCCUGUUCCGGGUGGCGUCCAAAGGCCGCGGGGACCUUCUGGUAAAUCUGCAGAAUGGCAUUUUGUUUGUGAAUUCUCGGAUCGACCGCGAGGAGCUGUGCGGGCGGAGGGCGGAGUGCAGCAUCCACCUGGAGGUGGUGGUGGAGAGGCCGCUGCAGGUUUUCCAUGUGGAGGUGGAGGUGAAGGACAUUAAUGACAACCCGCCAAGGUUCUUGCGACAAGAACAAAGAUUAUUUAUUUUAGAAUCAAGAACAGUAGAUUCCAGGUUUCCGCUAGAGGGCGCAUUUGAUAUGGAUAUCGGAGCAAACGCAGACUUGAGAUACAAGUUAAAUUCUAAUGAACAUUUUCAUUUGGAUGUGAAAACAAAUGAAGAAGGAACUAACUCUUUAGGGCUAGUAUUGACGAAGCCAGUAGAUAGAGAAGAAACCCAAGAACUUCGUUUAUUACUGAUUGCAGUGGAUGGAGGAAAACCUGAGCUAACAGGUACUGUUCAGUUAUUGAUCAAUGUAUUGGAUGCAAAUGAUAAUGCCCCAGAAUUUGAUAAAUCAGUGUAUAACGUUAGAUUACUUGAAAAUACACCGAAUGGGACGUUAGUUAUUAAACUGAACGCCUCAGAUGCAGAUGAGGGUAUUAAUAAGGAAAUAGUGUACCUCUUUAGUAAUCUUGUUCUUGACAAUGUAAAAUCUAAAUUUACAAUCAAUUCUAAUAGUGGGGAAAUAACGGUUAAGGGAGAACUGGAUUAUGAAGACUGUAAUUUAUAUGAAAUUAACAUCGAUGCUGUAGAUAAAAGUCCAUUCCCAUUAACUGGACACUGCAAAGUAAUAGUGAAACUCUUGGAUGAGAACGAUAACACUCCCGAGAUGGCCGUAACUUCCCUGUCUCUGCCUGUCAAAGAGGACGCUCCACUGGGCACCGUCAUUGCUUUGAUCAGUCUGUCCGACCGCGAUUCCGGUGCCAACGGACAAGUGACCUGCACCCUGUCGCCACACGUACCCUUCAAGCUGGUGUCCACCUUCAAGAAUUACUAUUCAUUGGUGCUGGACAGCGCCCUGGACCGCGAGAGUCUGGCGAACUAUGAGGUGGUGGUGACAGCGCGGGACGGGGGCUCGCCUUCGCUGUCGUCUACCGCCAGCCUGUCCGUGGAGGUGGCCGACGUGAACGACAACGCGCCGCUGUUCGCGCAGCCCGAGUACACGGUGUUCGUGAAGGAGAACAACCCGCCCGGCUGCCACAUCUUCACGGUGUCGGCGCGGGACUUGGACGCGCAGGAGAACGCGCUGGUGUCCUACUCGCUGGUGGAGCGGCGGGUGGGCGAGCGCGCGCUGUCGAGCUACGUGUCGGUGCACGCGGAGAGCGGCAAGGUGUACGCGCUGCAGCCUCUGGACCACGAGGAGCUGGAGCUGCUGCAGUUCCAGGUGAGCGCGCGCGACGCGGGCGUGCCUCCUCUGGGCAGCAACGUGACGCUGCAGGUGUUCGUGCUGGACGAGAACGACAAUGCGCCUGCGCUGCUGCCUCUGCCUCCCGGGCGAGAUCAGCACGACGCGCGCCCUGGACGAGGCGGACGCACCGCGGCAGCGCCUGCUGGUGCUGGUGAAGGACCACGGGGAGCCGGCGCUGGUGGUCACGGCCACUGUGCUGCUGUCGCUGGUGGACAGCGGUCAGGCGCCCAAGACCUCAUGGCGAGCAUCUUCCGGCCCCGCGAACGCGGAGGCGACGCUUGUGGACAUGAACGUGUAUCUGAUCAUCGCCAUCUGCGCGGUGUCCAGCCUGUUGGUGCUUUCGCUGCUGCUGUACACGGCUCUGCGGUGCUCCGCGCCGCCCACGGAGGGUGCCUGUGGCCCAGGGAAGCCCGUGCUGGUGUGCUCCAGCGCGGUGGGCAGCUGGUCUUACUCACAGCAGAGGCGGCAGAGGGUGUGCUCUGGGGAGGGGCCGCCCAAGACGGACCUCAUGGCCUUCAGUCCCAGCCUACCUCAGGGUCCCAGCUCUGA